UAGUAGCUACCUCUUUAUACAGAACCUUCCACAACCAGUGCCACUUCGUUCCGUCGCAAAAAGUUAGGCGUGAUAAAUGGAUCAUGGUAGCCGUACACGAGUGUUUCCUCGCUGGCCCCUGGUACUUGUCGGCCCGCUUUGGCAAGAGCAGUUUCUAUCUUGGCCCGCUCUUUCUCCACUCGAGCAUCUGCGGGAGGUGGCCCGGAAAAUGUCCUUACAGCCAGGGUAUGACCUGGGACCUGUCGAAUAUUGACCUUGUUGUCGAGCGGGGUAGGUACCGUCUUCAAGGAGUACUUUGUUCCGAUUACAAAGCUGACUUUGGUCUUUUUCAUGGUAAUACUCUCGCUGCUGCUGGAAGAUGCCCCCCCAGAUACUCUCACUGGAGCUGUCAUGGCCAUUUUCUCCGGUUCAGGUUCUGCUCCUUUGGAAGCAAACCAGGAUGCACCUUGAGGUUUAUUCUUGCCAAAAAUGUAACCGGCACAGGCACGAAAGCCGUCUGAUGUUGGUUUCUUGAAGCCAACGCCGUCGACUGUCGUCUCAGCAAUCAAGUAGGGUUCGUACUGGCGAAUCUCUACGCCAUUGUCGAGCUUUUCUACAACGGUGUAAGUGGGCCUCUCCAGCGCCUCGGUGACACGCCAAAAGUAGAUUCCGGUGCCAAAGCGAAGAGUCCCCAAGGCCGCAAAAAUGCCAACUGUGAUGCGGGCAGCCAAUGCUGGAAUCAUGAGUCUGUUGCUUUUGAUAUACACAGUAUGAUGCGAUUGAAAUCGAUAGCUAUGGUAUUCACAGCCAAAGGGUUUGCUAGUUUGCUUUGGUUUGUGAAGAUGACAUGCCUCCUUCGAUUGAAACAGAAUGAGUCAGUUCACGAAUGAGUCAGUCACUAAUAUGGUGGUGGAAGACCCGCAAUUGUGACGUCAUUUAUUUGUGACCUUCCAGCAUGAUCACUGGAAAUCCAAGUACCCUUGGAGAACCCCUUCUUUAAAUCCUAGCUUCCGCAUGAUGCACGAUUGAGGUACACUGCAGCUUCCCCUGAUGUGUGACUGGAACGUGCUCAAGAGGUUUUGAGGAUUCACUAGACGUUUUGUAUUUAGCUAAUUACUUCGACAGUCAUUUGACUUUUAAAUCUCUGGCUCAAUUUAGGUCCAAAAAAUGCCAUGGAACGAUUGAAAGAAAUUCGCAGCGGCACACCGUACGGCGUCCGCACCGCCCACCACGGCCCUGUGAAAACCCACAACGACCACAAUCCCAGCGCUGAAAACCCGCAAUGGAUGAGGUCGGCGAAGAGGCCGUAACGGAGGAGGACCCAGCCUCCGAGAGAUACCAUAAUACGACGAUGCCAUCUACCGAAGGACCUGUAGGACCAUCACAAGCCGAGGACAAGCUGGAUCAAGCAAAGGUGAUCCAAAGCGUCCAAGUGGCUCCUCACUACAAACCAAAGGAUGUCUCCGACUUCAAUGAGGAGAGUACACGUAGCAAUACAAGAGGGAGCAGUCAAUUUUCGCUCUCUGACCAUGAUACAUUGACAACGCAACCCACUCCAAGUCCUGCUUCUGUCAUUCCUGGUGCAGUCAUUCCAGGUGCCCUGACUGUGGCAGGAAUGGAUUUUAACUUUUCCGCAAAAGCAGAAGAAAAGCUGGCUAGAGCAAAUGUGAUCCAAACUGUCCAAUCUAUGGCUCCUGGAGACCUACCAUCUGCCUCCGACUCCACCAAAGUUAAGAGUAACAACACAAAAGGGAGCAGCCAUUUUCUCAGUUUGCUACCCGAUAACGGUAUUGCAGCGACACCUGAACCCGUGGAGCAGCCUCGUCCGCGUGCAGCUGCGACCCCAGGUGCCGUUUUUGUGGCAGGAAUCGACUUUGUCAGUAUCAACACGGAGGAUGAUGCUUCAUGGACGGCACGAUCCUCGUGCCCGGCGGAAAACGUGCCAUCCAGCAGCCAUAAUCCUAUUGCCCAAGGAGGGGAUGUUGAUGAGGGUCUUGUGGCUGCCUAUGCUGUACCCAGCGAUCACUUGAGCAACCUGGAAUUAGCUAUACCUGUACAAAAUCCAACAACUCACCUCAAUCGAGUUCGAGAAGAAGCUGAUGGUGACAAGCAGAAAAAUGUUGUCAUAAUUGGGUCAGUUGUGUGCCUCUUGGUUAUGAUUGGCAUUGCAGUGGCAGCCUGGGUUUCUAGCACUGGACAAAGUUCCACUCCCCACGAAUCUAACAACGCCUCACAAUCCAUUAGUCCAACCACCAUGGCUCCAUCAGGGUAUGUGAUUGACCUCCCAAACUUGACCAUGGCAAUCAUUGAGGCAUAUCCAGACAGCAACCAGGCCCUUGCCUACAAUUGGCUCUUGAAUGAUCCCAAUCUGACGGACUACACACCCCAACGUCUACAACAACGUUAUGCAUUGGUUACAAUCUACUAUGCAAUGGGGGGAGAACAAUGGAAGUUGUCCUCUUUCGCUGAAGCUGCAAUCGAGGCGCAUGAUCCGAACGAAUGCCAGGAAUGGGGAGAAUACGACGAAGGUAGAAGACCGCCAUUCUUUGGAUGUGAAUGUUGGUCAAAGGAAAAGGAAGAUGAAGGUGGCCCAAAAACAGAGCCAAUGGGCAACCAGUCCUCGACAAUGUCACUAGGGUCCACUUUGGGCCCUCCAACUGAAGCAAUGGGAAACCAAUCCACUCCUGCGUCUGCUCAAGGGUCCGAAUGGAUAUCACCAGAAGAUGCAGCUUUGGGCCCUCCUUUGGAAGGAACGGGAAAUCAAUCUGCACUCGCUGCACCACUGCCAUUGGGACCACCCGCACCAAUGGACUUUAUCAACAAUGGAACCAUAUUACAAAGCAUCUUUAUGCCCAAACGAGGAUUAGAGGGUUCCAUCCCUCCUGAGCUUGCGCUCCUUACGACCUUGGAAGCAAUCCAUUGGUCGCGAAAUGAUUUGAAAUCGUAUAUUCCUUCCAGCAUCUUUUUAGAGUUGACAAACUUGAAGCAACUGGAUUUGGGUCACACCAUGCUCUCUGGGACUAUCCCUCCCACUAUUGGGUCGCUCUCCAAUCUUAUCAUGCUGGAUUUUGGCUACACAACGCUCAGUGGCAAACUACCAAGCGAAUUGGGGCGAUUGACAAACUUGGAGCUCUUCUUUGUGGAUGAAAGUCCGCUCAUCUCAGGCCCCAUUCCUUCGGAGCUUGGGCUGCUCCCCAAUCUCCGUUAUUUGGAUCUGAAUGGCACGGAUGUUUCUGGACCCAUGCCAGAGGAAGUUUGUGACUUGAAACGAAAUGGGUCACUGAUAGGCUUGGUUGUAAAUUGCACAUUGAUCUCUUGUCCCAGCACUUGUGGAUGUGACUGUGCCAAUGGACCACAGUUUCCCAUUCCUUAUCAAGGUUAUGAAGUCCAACACUGUGGGGCACCCAAAUUUCCAGAUGGAUCCCCGGUUCCUCCACCACCAAGAGGAUUCGGUUUCGCUCCUCCAGGUCCUCCGUAGCCAAAGCUCUAUCGAGGAACUUGCAACUACCGGUACAGUAGUAGGUUUCAAAGAUCAGAUCGCUGGCUGUCGGGAAGGCGUGCAACGUUGAGCUCAAGCCAAGAUUCGUCCCACAGGGCUGAUAAACGGUCCGUGCAUCGCUUGCUGACGAUGUUAUGGGCUUACCUUUUGCACAUUCCAACCCCCGACUACCGUAGCAUCAACGCGGCGACGCGUGACCGGCCAACCAACGACCAGUGACGCCUCGAGUGUGACAAGCUAUGAAUUUCAAUGAUUUCAAUGACCUGGGGCUUACUGAGAGGCGUAUGAUCUUGGUUCUUGUGCUCUAUUGGGGUGAUUAGCAAGCAAAUGCAAGGGCUUAGGAUGUGGCUUAUCGGGGCGAAUGAAGGAUAUUUUUAUCAAUUUCCAUCAAAGCAUCAAAGUGAAACAGCUUCUCUAGCCAGCUAGGUACGGCAGGAGCUACUCUGAGUAGAGGCCGUGGGUCUACGAUCAAGUCAUUUUAUGACUUUGAAAAAUGGUUGGCUAGCUAGCUAUUUACCGACCGGUAUCAAGCUAGACUUGCAGUGGUGGGACGUUCGUGCAAGUCCGUACCCAUGAUCAACAAGUGGCAUGCGACCACAGCGUACAGUGUACCACCGGUUACGGUGAUGCGGCACGGAAGGGAGCGGAGCCGCUCUUCAUCCACUCCAUUGCCACAAAGUAGGUUGGAUGAUCCUUUCAAUUCGUGGUCAGUCAAUAGUCUAUCAGUAGACCAAGCAAACACUGAUCACCGCUCCCUUGAGCUGAUGUUUCGAUCACCGUGAAGAGAGAGAUGGGUGCUGAUUUUUGCUUGAACAAUUGUAAAGUAGCAAAGUUUCCUCGCCUCGUCUACUC